UUUACUUUUUGUUGACUUGUGAGUGUUCUGGUCUUCUUCUACUUGCUUUAAUGGAGGAAUCAAUUUACUAUUUAAAAUCUUACACUGAUCAAAACCCAACUCAUCAAUUUCUUCUUUCCUUUCUCUCGUGAAAUUCUGACAUACCCUUUUUCUCACCGUUGUUGAAUACUAAUGGAGGUGGCCAACAAUCCCUUUUCCGUUGUCGUUUUGGAAGUCGGGAUGCAUUGUGAGAGCUGCGCUUCUAAAGUUGUGGAAUGUGCUCGACGCCUCAAAGGUGUAGAGAAUGUGAUGGUAGACAUAGAUUCGAACAAGUUGACAGUGGUAGGUGAGGUGGAUCCUUCGCAGAUUCAAGAAGAGCUAAGCCGCAAGACCAAUAAGAAGGUCGAUGUUGUCUCUUCUCAUCACAGGAUAGAUGAUAAUGGCGCCAUUGCUGACAAGAACAAGGAAGACAAGAAAUCUAUUCGUGAGGAAAACUCAGACGUUGAUAAGAAACAACCGAAACAGGCUUUGGAGACAACAGUAGUAGUUCUCAAGUUAGGACAUUACUGUCAGGGAUGUUGCCCAAAGAUUCACAAGAUAGUCCAGGAGACAAAGGGUGUGCAAGAGAUGGCACUAGAUGAAGAGAAUGAAACGAUAACGGUCAAAGGGACCAUGGAUGUGAAGGUGUUGUUGGAGAAACUGAAUAGACCUGUUCACAUCUUGUCGCUUAAGAAAGAGAAAUACAGCAAUGGCGGCGAUAAAGACAGCAAGACUGGCAAUGAUGACAGAAAGAAGAAGAAAGGAAGUGCACAAGAGAAUGGGAAUCAUGAUACUGAAAUGAAAGGGAGCCUAUUGGAGUUGAAACCAAUAGAAGCUCCAGCAAUAAUGGCAGUUUUCAAGGUGCCACUCCACUGUGAUGGAUGCAUAGGGAGAAUUCGGAAAAUUAUCCGUAAAAUUAGAGGGGUACAGGAGGUGAGAAUUAACAAGGAGGAGGAAACUGUAACUGUCAAAGCAACCAUUGAUGUGAAUAUCUUAACUGAAACCAUGAAGAAGAGAUUGAAGAAACUUGUAGAGGAGAGGAAAAUAGAGAUAAAAAAGGAGGCAGAACUAGUGGUGAAAAGUACAAGCCAAUAUUCAUUUCGAAAGCAAGAUCACAAGCAAGAAAUUGUGCCAUCUACAGCUCUUCAACUUGCUGAGCAGCAAGAAGAAAUUAUCGAAAUAAUUUAUGUUCAGGACUCCAAUGAUGGCAGGGACCAGAACCAAAGUUUGGUUAGCUCACCAGAUGCUCACACUAAACUUGAUUCGGAAAUUGGAAAGAGCACACCUAAUACUGAAACUGCAGAGUGGGCUUUUAUACUCGCUAGCUUAUUUCUAGAGGUUGUCUCGGCUGUUCUAGACCAACUGGGUUAUCUUAAGGCAAGCAUGGUACUAUCAUUUGUAGCUUUACUUCUUUGUACGAUUGAUCUGGUCCUCUCAGCUCGAAGAGAUUUAGGCCUCUGUUUAUCAGGUACUGUUCACGGGUACUGUUCACGAGUAUUGUUCAUCGAGUACCGUUUACGAGUACUGUUCAUAAGUAUUGUUCACGGGUACUGUUCUUCUGAUCCUUUGUUUAUUUUGGGUUGGUUGGCCUUAUAGCUGAAGUUAAAACCACCGUAACUGAUGUGAUUUUUGUGAUGACUAAAAUCACGGAACACAAAUUAAAUAGAUCUAAUUUUUUGGAUUGGAGUAAGACUAUCCGUAUUUAUUUACAAAAUAUUGAAAUGGUUGAUCAUCUUACCAAGGAUCUUCCAACUGAUGAAACUCGUAGAGAUUGGAUGAGGGAUGAUGCUUGUUUAUUUCUGCAGAUUCGAAAUUCUAUUUAUAGUGAGGUGAUUAGUCUUAUUAAUCACUGUGAAUUUAUUAAAGAAUUAAUGGAGUAUUUGGAAUUUCUAUAUUCUGGCAAAUGGAAUAUUUUCCAUAUUUAUGAUGUGUGUGAGGCGUUUUAUUGAGCUGAGAAAAUGUGAUCUCCCGUUCUAGUGUUAAACUUGAAUGUCGAGCCAUGACACAAGCCGUUUGUGAAGUCUUGUGGAUACAUCAACUAUUAGAAGAAGUUGGAUUCACAAAUACGGUGCCUGCUAAGUUGUGGUGUGAUAAUUAAGCAGCUAUCCACAUUGCCUUCAGUCCAAUAUUUCACGAGAGGACUAAACACAUCGAGAUUGAUUAUCAUUUUGUUCGUAAAAAGAUUCAACAAAGGAUAAUAGCAACAGGACAUAUUUGAACGAGAACACAAUUAGGAGAUAUUUUCACUAGAGCUCUAAAUGGGGCUUGAGUUGAUUAUAUAUGUAACAAGUUGGGCAUGAUUAACAUUUAUACUCCAACUUGAGGGGAGUGUUAUAGGUUAUAGGAGGUAAA